GACUUCCGGGUAAAUUCCCUGCAAAUUCUCAUGUCAUCAUACUUUCUCGUUACCAUCAACGACAGAUCGGAGCGUUUUCUACAAGUGUUGAACAGGGGGUACAUCAUUUCCACAGCCAAAUUUUCAAUCGUCAACUGCAAGGACACUGUUUUGUAACGCCCCCCUCCCCACCCGAGCAACAUAUCAUCAAGUUGAUAGAUCAUGACAGCAAGAACGGCAUCGAGGAAGUUCCGAUCGUUAUUCCCCAUAGUAGGAGGAGGAACUGCAGUGUUUGUGGCCCAUGCCCUGCUCACCGGGAAUGAGAAGUUCUACAGAGAGGCCUUCAUGCCAUGUCUGCGGUUGGUUAGUGCAGAGUCUGCCCACGUGCUGGCUGUGAAGACUGCAUCAUGGGGGCUGGCACCCAAGGCAUGGCAGCACAAGGACUCACCCAUAUUGAGAAGUCAGGUGUGGGACAGACAGUUCAGAAACCCCAUUGGACUGGCUGCAGGGUUUGACAAACAUGGAGAAGCUGUGGACGGUCUCCUGUCCAUGGGGUUUGGCUUCGUGGAGGUGGGCAGUAUCACCCCUCAACCUCAGGAUGGAAACCCUAAACCUCGCGUCUUCAGACUUCUGGAAGACAAGGCUAUCAUCAACAGAUAUGGAUUCAACAGCAUUGGACAUGAAGCUGUCUUUGAAAGACUACAAAGAAGAGCAGAGUCCAUGUCAUCCAAGUCAGAAGGUGAACCCAGGGGAAUUCUAGGCAUCAACCUAGGUAAGAACAAGACGUCCCCAGAUGCUGUGGGAGACUAUGUGGAGGGUGUUCAGAAGUUUGGAGCCCUGGCUGACUACCUGGUCAUCAACGUGUCCAGUCCUAACACACCGGGGCUCAGGACACUGCAGGGCAGACAGGAGCUGGAACAACUCAUAGACAAGGUACUGGAAGCCCGUCGUUCCCUGAGCUGUGAGAGGAAACCUCCCUUGUUGGUGAAAAUUGCACCUGAUUUAACACAACAGGACAAGGAGGAUAUUGCUGCCGUGGCAACAAGACAAAAGUGUGCUGUGGAUGGUUUGAUUGUGACCAACACUACCAUCAGCAGACCAGAGACCUUACAGAGUACCAACAAGACGGAGACAGGGGGACUGAGUGGCCCUCCUGUCAGACACAUGUCUACAGAGACUGUCAGGGACAUGUACAAGUUAACCAAAGGCCAGUUGCCCAUCAUUGGUGUGGGAGGGGUCAGCUGUGGUGCAGACGCUUAUGAGAAGAUUCGAGCUGGGGCGUCACUGGUACAGCUGUACACAGCCAUGGCCUAUCAAGGGCCACCCGUUGUGAACAGGAUCAAAAGAGAACUGGAGAAACUGCUUAGGGAGGACGGUUUUACAUCAGUGAGCGAAGCAGUAGGAGCUGACCAUAGAGCAUCAACUCAAACAUGACACAGAGAUAUCAAUGUGUCCAGCUGUAGUGGACUGAGUAUAGGGCUGGACAGGACCAUUUGCAAGAGACUUGUCAUCAUGUACUGGCCUGAUCUUGCCAACGCAAUUUGAGAGACUGUGAAUGCAAUCCUUUGGUGCUCCAAAUUGCUAGUCUGGGUAUAACAAAAUUUGGUUAGUUCUUGAAAUUAUUUUAUUCAAAAAUUGGUGGCAUGUUCUGAAAAUUCCCCAUUUGCGCCUGACAUCUGGCAGUCUGUAACCUUACAUACGUAGAUGUAAAACGGUGUCACUCUAAAAUUAUAAGUCACUUUUGCAACAUUUUACAUUACUCAGUAGGAAUUGCUUUAGACACAUGGGAGCAUCCAUUCCUAAAACGUAUAGCAAGACACACCCUUUUCCACCUUAACAUACCUCAUUGAAAACGAAAUUUCUAUAGGAAUCAGUUGGUGGUGGUUCAGUGUCUAUGUGCAUCUUCCAAUGGUGAAAGAAAGUGACUUACAAGUUACAGGUGUUAAUGAAUGCUUCAUAGAAACGUACAGCAUUUAGGGAUAGCAUGAACAAUUACGCCUGUUUUAAUCAUGUAUUAAAUGAGAUUCAAAGUGGAAA